AUGGAUGAACGCACGCGGCUGCUGCCCUACGAUGCCCCGGCUGCCUCAUGGGACGGCCCGAAUGACCCGCACAACCCUAAGAACUGGCCUGCAUCGCGCAAAUGGACCUGCGCUAUGCUGGUAUCGGCCUACAGCAUCAUCGCUCCGACGGCCUCGUCCAUGGUCGUGCCCGCAAUGCCGGCCCUAACUCGCGACUUGCACAUCGAGUCCCCUCUUGUCACCCAGCUAUCCCUCUCUAUCUACGUGCUGGGCUGGGGAAUGGGACCGCUGAUCAUGGGACCGUUGUCUGAGCUAUAUGGUCGCGCCCCAUUACUCCAUCUCGGCCAGUUCGGGUUCCUGGUCUUUAAUACCUUGUGUGGGUUUGCCACUGAUGCUCGCGUCUUUCUCGCUCUGCGUUUCAUCGGGGGUGUUUUUGGCAGUGGGCCUAUGUCUCUCGGCGCCGGCGUCCUCAGCGACCUCUGGAUCAGCGACGAACGAGGCACCUCCCUAGCCAUCUAUACCGUGAUGCCAUUACUCGGAACUACCGCCGGGCCCCUUCUCGGCGGCCUCCUGAUCGAAUCCCACUCCUGGCAAUCCAUUUUCUUCAUCUGUUCCAUCUUCACCCUCAUCUCCUUACUCUUGGGCCUGUUCUUCCUCCCCGAAACCUUCGGCCCGAUCCUCCUCUACCGCCGUGGUCUUCUCAUCCACGGCACAUCCCCGAAACCCCUCCAACGGAACCAACUCUCCCGAAUCCGCAGCGACCUGGCCCGUCCGUUCAUCAUGCUGGGAACCCAGCCUAUCAUACAAUUGUUGGCAUUAUACAUGGGAUUUCUUUUCGGAUUAAACCACCUCACCAUCUCCACAUUCCAUUCUCUCUGGAGAGAAGUCUACCAUCAGGAUGACUUCAGAGCUAGUUUGAAUUACAUCGCUAUUACGGUGGGAUUACUCGGUGGAGCGGAGGUUACGGGACCGGUUAAUGAUAUUAUCUACCGCCACCGUAAGAGAAAAAACCACGGAAAAGAUUCCCCCGAAUACAGAAUCUACCUAAUGCUCCCCUCCGCCAUCCUCCUCCCCACCGGCCUAUUACUCUACGGCUGGUCCGCAACCUACCACCUGCACUGGACUCUCCCCAACCUCGGCAUAACCACCUACUCCUUCGGGCUACUAAUGGGCUACCAAUGCAUCCAAGCCUACGUGCUGGAUUGUUACCCCGUGUAUGCCGCGUCCGCGAUGGGGGCGUUAACGGUGCUGAGAUCGCUGAUGGGGUUCAUAAUGCCGGUUUUUGCUCCCGUCGUGUAUGAGAGCGUUGGGUAUGGGUGGGCGAGUACGGGGUUGGCGGGCGUGGCGGGUAUCGUGGGGUGGCUGCGCCGGUGGUGUUGGGGUUUGGGGGAGGGGUUGAGGGGGAGGAGUGGGUUUGGGGCCGGGGAGGUGGUUGUUUCUUGGUGA